AUGGCUACUAAAUCAACAAGACAUGCUGCUGACAAAGUUGCCACUGCUUUUGUGGUUCAAUACUAUAACAUUUUACAAACCCUAAUCGACCAAUCGUAUCGAUUUUACAAGGAAAAAAGUGUUCUAAGUUGGCCAUCGUCCGAUGGUGAAACUAAGUCUGUGACAACUUCUGAUGGCAUAAGUGAUUUUAUCAUGUCAUCACACUUUAAGGGUAGCAAAGUUGAAGUCAAAACUAUUGACUCUCAAUUAUCUGUUGCUGGUGGUGUUUUGGUGAUAGUUAUGGCUUAUUUAAUUGGGCAAGACAAGUCAAGAAAAGGGUUUUCUCAAACUUUUUUUCUUGCUCCACAAGAGACAGGAUACUAUGUGUUUAAUGAUAUUUUUAGAUUUAUUGGUGAAGACAAAUCUUCAACAAUUGUUGAGGAAAAUGGUUCAAUUGCUACUCCUUUAGCUACUCAGAGCAAAGCUGAAAACAAUGUUGAUGAUGAAGUCGACCAGAAGCCUUCAAGCCCAAAAGAAGAAGAACAAAAAAAGAAGGCCCCUGUGGCCCCCGUCAUCGUUGAGAACGAGGCUCCAAAAAUUACCUAUGCUUCAAUGAUAAAGCAAGGUAGGUCCUCGCCACCAAAAAAUGUUGGCCUACCAUCGGCUCCUAAAAAGCCGCAACCCAAUAACUUCGUUCAGAAGUCUAGUUCGGGUGAUGUGUUGAAAGUUGCAAGUACUCCUUCAACCAGAGACGUUGCGCAAGACAAUUAUCAUAAUGACAUCGAAUAUAAGUCGAUAUUUGUUGGAGGAUUACUACCCAACACAACAAAAAAUGAUUUAUAUGCUGUUGUUAAAGAGUUUGGACCCCUUCACAUUCAAGACGUUCAACUAAAAGCUUAUGAAGUAUACGAGGAUGGAUAUUGUUGUGGUUUUGUGCAUUUUCAAGAUGCAAUUUCUGCUCAAAAGGCUGUCCAUACUCAUCACAUUAUGGUGAAGGGGAAACGAGCUUACAUGAGAUACAAGAGAACUAACAAAGUUCACGGAGAGAGGGCAAAUUCUCCAUCGGAGAGAGGUGAAUUUUGCGGUGGUCAACGUUCGAGAAGCCGGCCUCAAAGUUCUGAUGGACGUUGGGGAGAAGGUUACCAACAAAAGAACUAUAAUUAG